AAGAAUCGAGCGCGAAGAAAUCAAUCGAUUUACUCUAGCUAUUGGAUAUUGGAACUUAUACUCUGCGGCGAGCUUCAAUAUUCCAAGGUUACCUAAAUGAAGCUGCCUAGCUAGUUGUGCAGUCGCUAACGGCUUAUAACGUUUGAUCCCAAAUAUUGCCCUGUUUGAUAAAUUACUGUUGUACACAUGGGUCAAAAGUAUCAUCGACGAUUUGGAGGCAGAAUUUCUUAUAUCAACCACUGGGUAAAGUAUUCCCUAUGCUUGGCAAACUUCAUUUUCUUAGUUGUGGGAGCAAUGCUCCUUGUAUUUGGUGUAAUCGCGUUUAUCGACUCAGGAGGUAUACAAUGGACAUCUAACAUUACCGCUUUACAGUGGCUUUUCAACUUUACCGUAAUCUGUAUGGGUGUUGGAAUCAUAACCUUAUUCGUUUCACUGGCUGGUUUUAUUGGGUCUUUACGUGAAAACAAUUGUCUGCUAAAAUUUUAUUACAGCAUUUUAACGUUGCUUUUUCUAACAGAAGUUAUCCUCUGUGUAUUGUCCUUUGUGUACCGUGAAUCAGCUAUCCGCAAGCUUGAGGAACUGAUCAAAACUGCUUUUGUUACUCAAUAUAGAGAACUUGGAUUUGAAGAUACAACAAACUUUAUGGACUUUAUUCAACAAAAGUUUACUUGUUGUGGACCUAAGUCAUAUCUUGACUGGACAGAUAAUCGAUACUUUUCAUGUAACAAAUCCAAUAUAAGCCCUGAGUCUUGUGGAGUUCCUUAUUCUUGUUGCCGUCAUAUGAAUGAUAUCAAUGUUAAUUUUAUUAAUACAUUGUGUGGAUUUGGCGUACAAACAUUAUCAACUGCUGAAGCUAGUCGUUUAGUAUGGACAACUGGUUGUAUUGAUGCUCUCAUCAAUUUAAUAGAAAGCAAUAUAGUUUAUUUUGCAUGCGGAGUCAGUGGCGUAGCUGUAUUACAGCUUUUAGCUAUUUUACUUGCGAAAACACUGUACACACAAAUCAGUGAUCAGUUACGUUUACUGCGUCAAGAAAGUAUCCACUUUUGAGAAUUCAUCCUUCCGUCCACUUGAAGAUCAUUAUAUAUUAACACAAGUUUAUUUUUUGGUAGCUACUACUAACCCUACAUCUCAAUCAUUGAAACAACAAUUUUUUUCAUCUUGUAAGCAAUGAAUGAAGACGAUUAUAUGAAAAAAUUGGUCCUAAAUAAAUCGAUGUACAUAUAUAUAUAUAUAUAUAUAUAUGUUUAUAUUGGUCAAUUCCACUGUGAUUUCAACUCGUCCAGUUUUCUGCCAUUUUUUUAUUGUUUUCUGUUACAUUCAACUGAUUUACAAUUUGUUAAUCUAGAAAAAAUGC